CCAAGAUUGUGUGGCCCAGGAGGCCAUGGCAUGUUGCGUGUUAUUGUGCCUGACUUGAGGUCCAAAUCAGCUAUGGAGUCUCAGGGAGACAGCAUCGAUAUUUCGCAGCUGAAGCGAGCUGCCUUGGGGUUGGUUGAGAAUGAGAAAUCUCAGACACAUUUAGACGCAGUGGAAAAUACUGAGGAACUUCUUCAAGAGGAUAAGAGGGGAGAUAUCCGGGGCGAAAAGUAUGAUGAAAAAUAUCCUCGAUCGGAUGAAUACGAGGACGGUGUUGCAAAGCCACGAUCAACAUCCGACAUUACUGAUAAGAGAACCUUGUCCGGCGCAGAGCCCGCAGAGAGUGACAGCGCAGGCCCAGCAGCGCAUUCACAGAUUUUGGACCAAAGUGGUUCUUCAACUGCUGCACCGGAACCGUCCAAAAUGAGCUCAGCAGACAGUGCACCAGGAGAUACGCAGCCCGUGUCCCAAUCUGUCUUUGACAGUAUUCUGAAGCAGAGCAGAUACUCCCAAAGACAAAGUGAUGGAGAUGCAAUGGAUAUCGACACAGGAGCAGACGGAGCUACACUAGCCACUUUGCACGAAGGAGACACCGGCCAUGUGGAUCUGCUGUCAGGGUUUGGAGAAACUCAAGUCGCCAACAAUACUUCCGACCAUGAAGAAGAAACAGGCUCGAAGGUCGGAGUGUCGUCGCCGUUGCAUUAUCAACCUAAUCUCUUCCCGGAGUCACAGCGGUUUCUAACCUCAACACCGGCGACGGCGAAGAAACAGGCAGACCAGCCACGUCUAUCCGCUACGACACCGUCCUUGCCGCGGAAUCCGAUCGCGCCAGAUGUUGAAUCUAGCGGUGGUAUCAUGGCUCUUAGUCAAGUGUUUCAAGCAACCCAAGCUCCAUCGUCGCCCUUCGUCAACGAUCUGCCGUCAGGCCCCAUGUCCGACAGACCGUCACCGAAUAUCCCCAUCCAGAACCGUCCAGUAGUGGGAUCUACCUCGUCGCCAUUCAAAGCCCCUCGGUCGUCCCUUCGUCGUGGAUAUACAGAGCCGCAGUUGAAUUAUAUCUCGAUGAAAGAGUCACAGGAAAAGCGAGACAAACUCCUAGAGGAGCGAAGGACGAAGUCGGCUGAAAAUAUCUUCUCCGGUGACCAGAGUGACGAUGAUUUCGAUAAAGAACCCAGCUUCGUUGAACGUCUAAAUCGUCAAAGGAGAAUUGAUGAGGAAACCAUGGUGCAAUUAGCCAAUCUUACUGCUCCUGCACGACCAGCUCCUAACAAGCGAGGCCAGCAGUCAUUUGUGCCUAGGUCACCUGUCAGUGGGGGUACAGCGAAGCGAAGUAUCGACGUUACGGGAUACAUCCAGGAUGGUGAGACUCAAGGUUCUACAAUGGUCUUUCAGCAUGGAGCCACCAGUGAAGAGGAAACUGAACAAGAAGAUGAUCACCGUCCGACUCCAGCUGUAUCCUGUCAGCCGCCUACGACUGAGGAAGACAAGGAAAACUAUGAUGCUCUUCCACCGAACUCCUCCAUCACACCGUCUAGUGCUCAUGACCGUCUCUCGCAAGCCCUUCAGUCUGAUAACGGAACUCUGCUUCACAGAACGACGACCCCUCUUCAUAAAAGGUCGAGCAGCCGGGAGGUUAUCGACGUGCAUGCAUCCGGGGUAAUCUCCUCUCAACAGAUCGUCAGGGAUUCCCAGCCGUCCCCCGACACAUAUGAACAUGGAAAGAGCGAAAGGAGUGCAGGAGUGCAACCGGGGCCGCAGAGAUCUCCGGUUUCCAACAUCCCAGCGCAAGGCCAUGUUGCAUCACCAACCGAAGAUGCUUUUGAUGUCGAAAAAGUAGCCUCUUCUCCUGUGGGCGGACAGACUUUCCUUUCGUCUCCCCCGCCAUCAAAAGACGAUAAGUCUCGACGGGCACUUCAUCGCCGCCAGGUCGAAUUGAAAAGCCCGGUUCCUCGAAGGGCUGUCUCAAUAAGCUCAGAAGGUUCCCCGACACCUCUGCCUUUCAAGAGGUCGCUUAACUUUGUCCCCAAAAUCAGUAGCCAAGAUGGGACCGCUGAUACGACCGGCAACAUCGCUGGUACAGAUACGAAAGAAAAGUCUUCCUCAAUGCCUUCCCGUGUCGCAGAAACUCCCAUGCAUAGACCUGCAGGGCUUUCUGAUCACGCGGUUCCUGGGACGCGAAUACUGGAGACUAGUCCUCGACGCAUAGUGAAUGACACCCUCACUAGUGAGGCUGCAGAUGCUGUCAGUGUAGGUGAAGAGGACGACGAGCUGCCUCCCAUGUAUCAAGAACAUCGCGAAGGCAUGGACUGUUCUGGUACAGCAAGUCAACGAAGCCACCUCACAGAGAGACCACAUCUCAACGCGAAGAUCCUGUCUAGUCCAAGCGGCAGACAACGGAGAGCACUGACUGAAAUCGCUUCUGACCUGUCACCGUUUACCCCUACUGGGUUUCUCGAUGUGGACAUCAAUCUUCUUACUGCUGAUGACAAAGAGUUCACCUCAGUGGUCGGCUUCUCACCGAUCCCACACAGAAAGAAGCGACGCGGCAAUGAUGGCAAGAAUAUCUAUGCCUCCGACCCUAUAGUCCCUCUCACACCGCGGCCAUUGGCGCCCAGAGUCAACACCUCUCUUGUCGCCACAAAUGAAGUACAGGCUCCUGACCUUCCCGCAGCCAAUCCUCAACAAGCUGACGAGGCCCAGCAAGUCGAAGCACAGCAGGACGAGCCUGAGUCAUCAGAGCCUAUCGUGGGUAUUAAUGCCAUACAGCGUCGGCGACCGGCCUCAUGGAGACGUGCUGAAACUGUUUGGGAGGUCGAUGCAUCUCCUGAGAAAAAUGUACAGAAAGCGCUGGACAUAAGGAAGUCGAGACUCUCUUCACGAUCUGAAACUCGGACAGCACAGGAGAAAGGAUUGCGGAAAUCUCUAGUAGCGAAGGCAGUUGUGAUUCAUAAUCAAAGCCCUACAUCAACUCCUACUAUACCGGAAAGUUCCGACCCCCUACAUGGAGGACACUCUUCCCGGGCCCCGAGUAAUUCCCAGUCCUCCAUGCCUGAGAUUUCUGUACUCGCUCCCAAUCAGGUCUUUGCCUGCUUCAACGGAUUCAAGCGAGCCUAUUAUCCUGCUACAUGCCUGGGAAUGUCAAACCUGAGUGCCCAGUCCAAGUACAUGGUUAAGUUCGAAGAUGAUACCACUGAUCAUGUCUUGGCCGGCACACUGAAAAGAUUGGAAUUGCGUAUAGGAGACUCCGUGAAGGUGGAUAUGCCAAACGUUCAGAAAGUCACUCAUAUCGUACGUGGCUUUGGCGACCUCUUGAGCCCAGAAGAACUUGAUCGACAAGAGAACGGAUCGAGACCGAUGACAGAUGUAUACGGGUACUCUUCCAUGAUACUAGCACCCAAGCAACGCAGGAGUCCCCGCAAGGGCAGUUCAGGCGCCGCUGGGAACCUUAUCAAGGUUCCUAUUUCGCGGAUUUAUCUAGACACUAUCCUCUGGAACCAGCUAAAAGACAGACAAUUCUCCUUCACACCGGGAAAAGAUGGACUUACAGCAGACACACCAGACGUCAACUCUGCUCCUGCAACACCAAACUCCAGACUCUCUCGGAGUAUCAUUGUCCAAGCUGGUCUCUUCGCAGGAAUGGUAUUUGCGGUCUCUUACGUGGAGAAUGAACAUUCAAAGUCCCACAUUAUGAAGUUGAUAGUAGAGAACGGCGGUCGGCUACUGAGAGACGGAUUUAAUGAGCUGUUUGAGUUACCCUCCAGCGCAGCAGCAGCUAGCCCGGUCAAGUCACCCGGCUCGAACUCGAUUGACCAUUCAGAAAAACAAUUCCGCCUGGUCGCAGGUGCAGAGGCCGUCGGUUUCGCCUGUCUACUCGCCGACAAACACUCCCGCCGUGAGAAGUAUAUGCAAGCCUUGGCACUCGGUCUCCCUUGUCUUUCAGGACGGUGGAUAGAAGAUUGUGUGAAGCAAAACCGUAUUCUAGACUGGGACAUGUAUCUUCUUCCCGCGGGAGAGUCGAUGUACCUCAAUGGGGCCACGAAGUCCAGAAUCCUUACACCAACUUCUGCGUCUACGGCACGAUUAACAGACACCAUCGCCGCGAGACCUAAGUUACUGGAGGGACAGUCUGUGCUCAUUGUCAUGGGUCGCGGAAAAGCGGAGGAAAGGAAGAAAGCAUAUAUCUUUCUAACAUACGCUCUAGGUGCCUCUCGGGUCGAGCGGGUCCUCGAUCUGAAUGCAGCCAAGGCAAUGCUUAUGGAUCAACAAAAGGAAUCCUCCCCAGCUUGGGAUUGGAUCUACGUCGACGAUCACGAAGAAGCUGCUGCCAAGACCAUGAUUCUCGGUAGUUCCGAGGGUGCACCUCUGAAGCCGCAUUCAGGACGAGGGAGAAAGCGAAAGAGACCUCUUCCUGUACAGGCAGUCAGCGGAAGCGGUAUUAGGCUCAACACGAACAAUAUCCGGAUAGUGGGCAACGAGUUCGUCUGCCAGAGUCUGAUACUGGGUAGAUUAUUUGAUGCAUAGUUGUGUGCUGCUUUUUGGGGCGCCUGCUAGACACGGACGGUUACCAUGAUGAUGUACCGUGUGUUUUUUUUUAUUUUUCUGGUUUUUUUGUUAAAGGAUACCUGCUCUGUAUCUGAGCUAUGUUUAUUGUCGAAGAGGCAAAAGUAGGAUACCCCUUUGGUCUCCAGUGGCGGCCAAGAUGUCAUAAAUGUCACUAAAGAGAAUAUUGCCAG